AUGCAGAAAUACAGAGACGCGGUGCUAAGAACCUUGCGCGAGUUUGAGGGAUAUGAAAUACACCAGGUACCAAGAGAGCAAAACGCCGACGCCGACAUGCUCUCCAAGUUAAGUAUCGGAGUCCUCAACCACAUCAGGAAGAUCGCUCGGCUAGAAGACCUCGAGACUUCAAGUAUCGAUGUCUCGUGGGCCUUCCCUGUGCAGACUAGGGAACCAUGUUGGAUUGACCAUAUCAAGCGAUACAAGGAAGAUGACUCCUUACUGCAAGACGAGGCAGACGCAAAGGUAACAAAAUUGCGGGCACCCAGCUACAUCGUCUCGGGCGAUAAGCUAUACAAACGCUCCUACAACGGCACGUUACUAAGGUGUCUAUACCCAGAUGAAGCCAAGUUGGUGAUGAAAGAAGUCCACGAGGGGAUGGGAAUUAACCUAGUAGGGGCCCUCCCCACGGGGACUGGAACCAGGAAGUACAUCAUUGUGGCCAUCGACUAUUUCACGAAGUGGGUGGAGGCCGAGCCCCUGGCAAGCAUCACCGCAGCAAGGUGCAAAAGUUUUGUCGAGAAGAACAUUCUGUAUCGUUUCGGUAUCCCUCUCCAAGUAAUCACAGACAGUGGUCGUCAGUUCGAGGCACGAGAAUUUUCAGAAUUCCUAGCAGGAUGGGGCAUUAAGCAUAGCCGAGUGGUGGUAUCUUAUCCUCAGGCGAACAGACAAGUGGAAAAUGCGAACAGAACCAUCCUCGACGACCCCAAGAAAAAGCUAGAAGCAGCCAGCAGAGCCUGGGUGGAAGAUCUCGAUGGCAUCCUCUGGGCCUACCGCACGACACCAAGAUGGGCCACCGGAGAAACCCCAUUCGCCCUCGCUUAUGGAUUCGAAGCUCCGGUCCCGGUGGAAGUGAUCAUACCUAUUAGAAGGGUGGAGGAGUUCUAG